AUGGGUGGCUAUAUCCUGAAAUUGCUUGUUUUGUUGGUAUUGCUAUGGCAUUUAGGAUCCAACCAUGCAGCAACGGAGGGUGGAGAAAAGAAGUGCAAAGAGAGGGAGAGACUUGCUCUGCUCAACUUCAAACAAGGCCUCCAUGAUAACUAUGGCAUUCUGUCUUCAUGGAAAGACGAGAAUGAUUGCUGCAAAUGGAAAGGGAUUCGUUGCAACAAUGAAACUGGGUACGUUGAGAGGGUUGAUCUUCACUGCUCUGAAGCACAAUACUACUUGAGCGGUGAAAUCAGCCCUUCCUUGACUGACCUGCAACACUUGUCGUAUCUAGACCUCACUUGCUUAUCAAAUAACACCACUACUCACAUCCCACCAUUCUUGGGUUCUUUCCCAAAUCUAUGCUAUCUUAAUCUCUCUUCUGCUGCUUUCUCCGAUUAUUUUCUUAAAAAACCUUAUUUUGAGGGAGAGAUCCCAUCACAGCUGGGAAAUCUCUCGCAACUGCAGUAUCUUGAUCUUAGUUGGAACCAACUUGGAGGAGUGAUCCCCUACCAACUUGGGAAUCUUUCCCAACUGCAGCAUCUUGAUCUUAGUGUCAACCAACUUGGAGGAGUGAUCCCCUACCAACUUGGGAAUCUUUCCCAACUGCAGCAUCUUGAUCUUAGUUGGAACCAACUUGGAGGAGUGAUCCCCUACCAACUUGGGAAUCUUUUCCAACUGCAGCAUCUUGAUCUUGGCUACAAUCAGAACCUCACUGUUUAUGGUAAAAAUCAUGGCGGUAUUCAGUGGCUGUCAAAUCUCUCCUCUCUAACAAGCCUUGACUUGAGUGAUGUCCUUAAUCUCAAUGAUUCUUCUCUCCACUCACUCCAGUUCCUUGGAAAGCUUCCAAGUCUAAAAGAACUGAGGCUAAGCAGGUGUGGCCUUUCUGAUUCUCAUAUUCUAACAUUGUCUAAUUCCAGUUUGAAUUUCUCUACUUCCCUUGCUAUCCUUGAUCUGUCUCAGAAUUAUUUGACAUCACAAACUAUAUUCCACUGGGCAUUUAACUUCACCUCUAAUCUACAAGUACUUGACCUUACCAACAACAUCUUAAGAGGCACCAUUCCUGAUGAUUUUGGCAGCAUAAUGCAUUCACUUGAAAGUAUUGAACUCUCAAACAACAAUCUAGAAGGCCCUGUUCCAAAAUCCUUAGGGAAUAUAUGUACCUUGCAAUCAUUUUAUGCUUCCAGCAAUCACUUGACUGGGGAUCUUUCGAGUUUUAUUUUCAACUCUUCAAGAUGCACCAGUAGCUCGUUACAAGAAGUGCAUUUAUCGGGAAAUAAAAUUCAUGGCAUGUCGCCUAGCAUUUCAAACAUCUCGUCUUUGAAAGAGUUAUGGCUUUCAGAUAAUGAAUUACAUGGAGAAAUACCUACAAGCCUGGGAUUGCUUACUGAGUUGGAGUCUUUGUUUCUUGAUGGAAAUUCUCUUGAAGGUGUCGUUACUGAAUCUCAUUUCACUAACCUCUCCAAAUUGAAAGCCUUUGAUAUAGCAGGUAGCUCGUUGACUAUCAAGAUUAGUGCCCGCUGGGUUCCACCUUUCCAAAUACAAAGUUUGAUUAUACCAGGUUGCACGGUAGAUUCUAAUUUUCCACAUUGGCUCAAGAAUCAAGAUGAAAUCCGGAGGCUUAAUAUUGCAAAUCUCAGGACUCUGGAUUUUGUGCCGAACUGGUUAUGGGGGAAAUUGCUAACCAUGGAUACUUUUAAUAUUUCAGGCAACAAUCUCACUGGUACAAUUCCAAAUCUCCCAUUUGAGUUAUCUUACCCAGAAAUAGAUUUGACUUCAAAUCAAUUUGAGGGUUCCAUUCCACGGUUUUGGUUGCAAGCAACUGCCUUGUAUCUAUCCAACAAUAGAUUUUCAGAUAUAGUAUCAUUUGUUUGCGGCAAUAACACAGCCAUGCCUUUGGGGGUUUUGGAUUUAUCAAACAAUCAAUUGAAGGGUGAGUUGCCUGAUUGUUUGAAUUUGAACUCACUACAAUUUCUUGAUCUCAGCAAUAACAAACUUGAAGGAAAGAUUCCUUUCUCAUUGGGUGUCUUAACAAACUUGAAGGCUUUGAUUUUAAGAAACAAUAAUUUCACUGGAAAAUUACCUUCUUCCUUGAAGAAUUGCUCCCAGUUGGCAUGGUUGGACCUGGGACAAAAUGAGUUUCAUGGUCCGAUUCCAUUAUGGAUAGGAGAAAGCUUAAAACAGUUAGUAAUCCUAAGCUUAAGAUUCAAUUACUUUAAUGGAAGCCUACCUUCAAAUCUGUGUUUGUUAACAAAGCUUCAAGUCUUGGAUCUCUCGCAAAAUAGAUUAUCAAGAGGGAUUCCAACCUGCAUAAAGAAUUUUACUGCAAUGACUCGAGAUGCUAGAAGCUCAAAUGAACCAAUGAGUCAUUCAUAUGCGUUCAAAGUUGGAGUAUAUACCUUUUUGGCUGGACGAUAUAAUUUGUAUCUGUUUUUAACAUGGAAAAGCGCAUAUCGUUCCUUCAAAAAUGCAGAUAUGCUUCUAACAGGAAUUGACCUCUCAAGUAAUCAUCUCACAGGUGAAAUACCGAAGGAAAUUGAGUUGUUAUUUGGAUUGGUUUUAUUGAACUUAUCAAGGAACAGUCUCAAUGGGGAAAUCAUCUCUAACAUUGGGAACUUACAAUCACUAGAGUUUCUUGAUUUGUCAAGAAAUCAUUUGUCAGGUAGAAUUCCUUCAAGUCUCUCCAAAAUUGACCGUCUUACUAUGUUAGACUUGUCAAACAAUGAUCUUGAUGGCAAAAUUCCAAUUGGAACGCAACUGCAGAGUUUCGAUCCUUCAGCUUACGAAGGAAAUCCCAAUCUGUGUGGAGAACCUCUUAACAAGAAAUGUGAAGAAGAAACCACAGAAGAUGAGAGGCCAGUAGCACAAGUGGGUGAUGACAAUUCAAUAUUCUUGGAGGCAUUAUACAUGAGCAUGGGAUUAGGGUUCUUCACAGGCUUCUGUGGCUUCAUAGUUUCAGUAUUAUUCAUCUCCUCUUGCAGAGAACCCUACUCCAGGUUCUUGAAUAGUUUGGUCACCAGAAUCUAUGGCUAGAGGAUGAACAGGAUCUCCUACUUUUGCAUCUUUUACUGUUAUCAAUAAACCCAAUGGAAUCAUUUGGUUCUCAGCAUGCUGUUGUUGAACCUUUUUCUUACUAGUGCUAUGAAUGCAUCUUUUGCUGUAAUAAAAUUGUUAAUCUUAA